AUGUCCAAAGCCUACAGCAGCCUGCUAUCCCUCGCUAUCAACGCUACUGGAGGACUGAGCAGAAGAGAAUGGAAGAUUGGCUCCAAUACUGGCAAUCAGUUGAUCACCCAACAUUCCGGUUGGACGAUCGAUCAAGUAAACUCAUACGUUUUCAAUCAAGUAAUACAUAACUGGGACAAUCAAUAUGGUGUUCUUAGAGGUCUGUUCAGCGGGCAUGAUGAAAGUGCUGUGAGUGCCGAAGACACUUUUGGAUCUAGCGCGUUCCAACUCGGGUCCAAUGGACUCCAUGGAUGCCAGGUAGUGACCGUUGUCUCGAAACGUGCUGUAUGGAUGGCUCACUUUUGGGAGUCAUAUACCAAUGGCAAACCUAAUCGAGUUGAAAUUUCUCCUCGUUCUGGGAUUACUGCUUUCGAUGAGCGGAUGAUAUAUUUCUUGACUGGGCGAUCAGUCGAUCUGGCUACAGCAGACAAAGGCAAAUAUGACCAGGCCUAUCCAGACUAUGCGCCCACAAAGAACCACCCUUACUUGACACCGACUGGAGAUCCUCUUGAUAAGACAAAUUUUAAUCAGCCUGGAGAUGAAACAAAAGUAUUCAUUAUGACACCCCUUUCUGAUACAUCGACUCUGAAGAAACCAUUUCUUAAGUACCAAAGACGGCUCGAGAGGGUUGAACAGGCUUUGAUAUCAUAUCUUGGACCAGACAUCACCGUCGUCUUUGUGCCGUACAAGCGAAUUGAGGAUCUAGCUGAGCAGGACACUGAUCAGCGAGGAUUGGCCCUGUUCCAAUACGAUCCUAACGCGGAUGGACAUGGAUUGAGACAGUGGCGACUUUUUUACGAAAAUCGCGUCGUUGUUGGAAAUGUGUCCUAG